AUGUCCUUUGUCCAAGGCCCCAACGGCGAGCAAGUCAUCCCCAUCAGAAUCGACGGCCUCGCCCUCCCCGUCCACGACGCCCGCCUCAUCCCCGUCGAAUCAGUCUCCCAAUGCAAAGUCAUCCACUACGCCCAUAGCGCCACUCCCGAGAUCGCUACGCUGGCAGCCGACUCCUCCCAGCGAGCCUUCCUCAAGUGGAAGACGUCGACUCAUGUCCAGCGUAGAGAUCUGCUUCUUCGCACGGCUGAUAUCAUCGACUCCUGGGCCGAUCGCUUCGUUGAAGUGCAGAUUGCUGAAACGGGAUGCUUCGAGGGAUGGGCCAGAUUCAACGUGAGCAAUCUGACGCGUGGCAUGCGCGAGAUUGCCUCGCACAUCUCGCACAUGACGACAGGGGAGCUGCCGCCUCUGGAAGUCCCUGGAUCCAUCGUCCUGGUGUACAAGGAGCCCGUCGGCCCCGUCCUCGUCAUACCGCCUUGGAACGCGGCAAUGAUUCUCAGCGGACGGGGAAUGGCUGCUCCCAUCGGUGCUGGCUGCUCCGUCGUGCUCAAGGCGUCGGAGAUGUGCCCACAGACUCACCACCUCAUUGUUCAGGCCUAUGAGGAAGCCGGUAUGCCCAAGGGCCUGAUCAACAUUGUCCAGGCGGCCCGCGAGGAUGCCACUGCUGUCACCGAGGCGCUGAUUGCCCACCCGUCAAUUCGCAAGGUCGAGUUCAUUGGCAGUGCUGCUGUCGGCCGCAUCAUCGGCCAGCUCUCCAGCAAGUAUCUGAAGCCUGUGCUGAUGGAGCUCGGCGGAAAAGCACCGGCAGUUGUUCUGAAGGAUGCUGAUGUGAAGCAUGCGGCUGGCAAGAUUAUCCAGGGCAUGGUUAUGCACCACGGCCAGAUCUGCAUGUCCACUGACCGUAUUGUGGUAGUGCAGGAUGUCGCCGAGGAGCUCAUCAGCCAGCUCAAGACGGCUCUUGCUACCACGUUUGCGGGCAAACAGGGCGUUGCCGUGUCAAGGAAGCAGGCGAAGAGGGGACAGGCUCUCCUUCUGAGAGCUCAGGCUGCUGGAGCCCGCUUUAUUGUCGGUGAUGCUAGCCUGAAUGCCGAAGAGACGAGCCUCACUCCCACCAUUGUCACGGACGUGAAGCGCACUGAUGAGAUCUUUCACGAGGAGAUCUUUUCCCCUGCUGCUAUUCUGACCGUUGUCAAGGACGAGGCCGAGGCCAUACAGGUUGCCAACGAUACGACAUAUGGUCUCAACGCCGCUGUUCACAGCCGAAAUGUUCUCAAUGCCAUUCGAGUUGCCCAGCAGAUCGAGGCCGGACAGGUUCACAUCUGCGAGACCACGGGGUACGAUGAGCAGACUCUGCCUAUUGGAGGCACCAAGGACAGUGGCUGGGGACGAAACAAUGGCAAGUACGGACUUGCGGAGUUUCUGGAGGAGAAGACGAUUUCGAUUCACGAUCCUGCUGUGAGCAAGAACCGCUUUGGAGAUGAGAAAUAG